AUGGUGUCAAUAUUUAACGGUCGACUGAAAAUUAGUCGUAUUUGUGCAGAGAUGGAAGAAUUAGCCAAGCAUGGUGUUAUGUUUCCGCCAGAAAUUUUAGGUUUGAAUGAGGAUCAGGUGCGUGACUUCAAACUAGUUGACCCAUGGGCGGACAAAUGCAUUCCAAGUGGCGGAUACAUCGAAAAUAAAGAUCCCAUGGGGCGCAGAAAUGGUCGUCAGCCUCACAAGCACUUACAAGACAUGAUCAGCAAGACCAUCGAAGACGUUAAAGCAAUGACCAGCCGAAAAUUAGUCGAUCAAAAUGAACAAGUUACAAUCAAAACAAUACAUGAAGCUAUUAAAUUACUGAAAGGUGCUAUAACCAUUGUGUAUCCUAUGAAUUUGCCGCCACAUGAUCCUAUAAGAUUGGUUUAUGGUCAAGGCAGUGAAUGUAAUACUCACACGCACUAUCCAUCAUUAAGAGACGUUCUCCCAAGAUCAACAGAUCGAUGGAUAUUGGGCCAAAGAUUAGAUGGAGGAGCAGAAGGCUUGUGGAGGAUCCAUAAUAAAUUAUACGAUCUAACAAAAUUUGUUGAAAAUCAUCCAGGUGGUAAAGAAUGGCUGGAAAUGACACAGAACACUGAUAUAACCGCAGCUUUCGAAGCACAUCACAUAUCACUGGCUGCCGAAAAGCUCUUACCAAAAUUUUAUGUGCGAGAUGCUCAAACACCAAGUCACUCAUUAUUAACAUACCAUGAAAACGGCUUCUAUAGAACAUUGAAACGUCGUGUUCGAGAAGAAAUCAAAAAUAUACCAAAAAUAGCCAAGAAAAAAUCCAAACUUAUAUUAGAUUGUUUCAUUCUGGGUACAUUUAUUAGUUCAAUGCUAGCAACAGCCUAUUGCCCGUUCAUAUUUGUAGCCGCGUUAUUUUUGACUUGGACAACAAUAGCAGCACAUAAUUUCUUUCAUCAAAGAAACAACUGGAGAAUGUAUGCUUUUAAUUUAUCUAUGAUGAAUCACAGAGAAUGGCGAAUAUCGCAUGCCUUGUCACAUCACUUGCAUCCAAACACCCUGGUCGACAUGGAGCUCAGCAUAGCCGAACCGUUUUUGUCAUGGCAAUCAAAAGAAAAAAGUAUUUUGAGGUAUAUUUCUUGGACUGUGUCACCUGUAUUUUAUGCCAGUCUCUAUAUCACGCAAUAUUUAUCGAGAGUGCUGGAUGCUAUAGAAAGAAGCAGACUUCAUACCCCGUUAUGGCAAGAGGUGAUUCCAUUCUCUUUGCCUUUGGCAAUGCUGCUCACAUCAAGUUUGCCUGUGAUCUCCACGUUAAAAAUAUGGCUCAUGAUUGUGGUAAUAGCAAGUUUUUUCUUUGGUGUAACCGCUUUCAACGCAGCACACCAUCAUCCAGAAAUUUAUCAUCACGGAGAUACCCCUAGAGAAGAUUUGGAUUUCGGUAAAUUUCAGAUUGACACGGUUAUGGAGAGACAGGAAGUCACAGGUUCAUUAUUUCUGGUUUUAACAACUUUUGGUGAUCACGGUUUACACCAUUUAUUUCCAACGUUAGAUCACGCCGAAUUGCCAUAUUUGUAUCCAGUUUUUCGGCAAGUUUGUAAAGAAUUCGGUAUGAAUUUACGAUUUACUAGUCAAUGGGAUUUGUUCAAAGGCCAAUUCCGUCAAUUGCUAAAAACAGUCCCAAAUAUGAUAGCUCCAGAUAAAGUGAGAAAAUAA